AAAGAUCGUGAACAGAAGCCAACUGCUAGCUAAAUAGCGAAGAAACAGCAAAUAGCGAGAUCGUCUAGAACUGCAACAGUAAAUGACAAAUAAUACGAGACGAUGUUAUUGGCCGUACACCGCUAGCGUUAAGAUUAUUCCUGCUGCCGACCAUCAAUUUACGAGUUGAUCAUUACCGAUUGCUGAUAAGUGCAAAGUUUGUCGCUUUAUUCCUCAACAGUUUCUGAUUGUUCCUGAGCUGCUGCAUAUUUUCCUCUUCCAUUGCUGCAGUCAUCCUAUAUAGAUAGUAUUUUAUAAAAGCUGAAAUAUGACGGUCUCAUAUGCUGGUGAAGUGCCUAAUGGUAGCAACUUUGGCUGCUUUUGGCGCAUUCUAUGGAAAUGGCGUGGCAGUGUUUACAAAUUGGUGUGGCGUGAAUUGAUCGCUUAUUUAUGUCUAUAUUAUACAAUUAAUUUAGUCUAUAGACUCGUAUUAAAUGAACAACAACAAAUAAUUUUUACCAAAGUGCGAAUAUAUUUCGGCCAACAGGGCGAAAGUAUACCUAUGUCAUUUGUGCUGGGUUUCUAUGUAAACAAAGUGGUGCAACGUUGGUGGGAGCAAUACAGAUUAUUGCCCUGGCCUGAUACUUUGGCGCUAUUUAUCAGCGCCGCAAUACCAAACUCCACUGGUGGAGUUAAUAAUGAAACGGGUCGUCUAAUGCGCCGUAACAUAAUGCGGUAUAUGGUGCUUGCUUAUGUCAUCACACUACAACGCAUAUCGCUGCGUGUAAAACGUCGCUUUCCCACCACACAACAUCUCGUGGAUGCUGGUCUCAUGCACGUGUCUGAAUCGAAAAUUUUCGAUGCACUUAACGCCAAAAGCCCCAUGUCCAAGUACUGGAUGCCACUGGUAUGGGCUACAAAUAUCAUUAAUCGGGCACGUAAGGAGGGCCUGAUAGCAUCCGAUCACAUUGUGCAAACAAUACUGAUGGAAUUGUCUGAUAUACGGCGGCGCCUGGGUGGUCUGAUUGGCUAUGAUACAGUGUGCGUGCCGCUUGUGUAUACGCAGGUUGUGACGCUGGUAUUGUACACGUAUUUUAUAGCGGCGCUCGUGGGGCGCCAAAUGUUGCCAAACAUGCCCGAUGCCAAAGAUCCAGACUUGUAUUUUCCGCUCUUCACCGUAUUGCAAUUUGUAUUUUAUGUUGGCUGGCUUAAAGUUGCUGAGGUGUUAAUAAAUCCUUUCGGAGAGGACGAUGAUGAUAUCGAAUUAAACUGGCUUAUCGAUCGGCACAUAAAGGCUGCCUAUAUGAUUGUCGAUGAGAUGCACGAGGAGCAUCCUGAAUUACUGCGCGACCAGUAUUGGGAAUGCGUGGUGCCAAAGGAAUUGCCAUACACCGUCGCCUCAGAGCAUUAUAGGCGUGAAGAGCCCAAAGGUUCAGCAGAAAAUUACAAAGUGAAGAAGGAGGAUGCCAUGUAUGCGAAUAUUGUGCCAGGUGGUGGGAAACGUGGACUCGUCGAUGAUGUUUACGCAGAUUAUGAGAGCGUUGAUACACCUAUGGUGGAGCGGCGCAAAAAUAAUUGGCUUGUACGUCAGCUCUCACGCAUGGGUUCCAUACGUAGCCAAUCCACCGCCUAUUCAUCGAGCGGCAUGGCGUUUAAUCGCAAUCGUCUAAAUUCAGUUUACUCCAGCCCAGAAUCGGGCAUACCAGUCAACAUACUACAGCAACAGCAACAACAGGCGCAGCAGCAGCAGCACGGCCAACCAACGCAAAUGCAAUCGAAGCCAAGUUUUUAUGGCAAAUUUGUAAAUCGCAAAUCGCAACGUGCUCAAAAGCAGCUUAUCAAGCAAAAUUCCAAGCUGAACGGUAUGAAUGCGAACGUUCCCAAAACACGUCCACGCAUCCCCACGCCGGAUGUUACCAAAGAAUCUAGCGAAAAAGAUUUGAAUGCCACGAAAACCGUGAUUAUGGCACCACAAUUGAGCACACAAACUUCCAUGUAUCCGUACACGAGCACCAACAAUCAGGAUGGACCCGUUUUGGGCACACUUUUGUUAUCGCCCAUUAAAGAAAUGGAUAGCUCAUCCUCGAAUAACACUCUGAUUCCAGGGCAUCCGUCGACAACGGCGCUGGCGCAAGCCAUAUUGCCGUCCAAUAUGAAGGAUGUCAACUUUGGCAUUGCCUCACCAACGACGCCAGCCACCACCAACAUUACAACGCUCUCCUUCCCAUUCACAGUUACCACCAGUUCAGCGGAAACAAUGCCCGCUGGCACCCUAAAUAUUAUGCCUAUCGGUACAACGCAAGUGCCGACCAUCACCACCACCGCCAGUGGUUAUGAUGCCAACGAUCUCAUCACCACAAUUCCCGUCUCGUUGGCCAUACAGCGCACCCCAUCGAUGCGCUCCAUCAACGAUUUCAGUGGCAAUGAAAAUAUGGAUGUAACCCACAGUUACAAUGGCAGCAAUGGAUCACCAGGCAAUGCCAAUGCCGGUGGCGGUGGCGGUGAAUUUCUGGCGACUAAUAACGCCAUACUCACUAUUAAGCCACUGAAUGGUGGUGGCAAUAUAUCGCAUAAUAACAGUUUUAGUGCCAACUUAAAUCUAAAUCUACAGGAUUCAUAUAUACUAGAGCGGAAUGCAUCGGUGCGUUCGGCAGGACAACCGGUCAGUGGGGUCAGUGAGGUUGCGCCAACAGCACGUGAAGUAUCAUUGGAGAGUAGAGAAGGAGAGAGUAUGGGCGGAAGUGGGACGUCGGCGCCCUCGACUUUGGCGAAACGCACACCUGAGCCAGCUUCGCCAGGUACGAAGGAGGUGUAUGUGUAGAAGAUGAAUGGAAGAGUGCACGGACGACAGUUUAUGAUUUUUUAUUUAUGGAAAAUAUUUGGAUGAACAUUCAGUUAAAAUCAUAUAUAUUUAUGUAUUUGUAAAUAACUAAAAAUUCUUUCAUAUUAAAUUUAUAUCUGCUAUUUAAAAAACGUGAAUUUUGCCCAAGUCAAAAAAUGCAGGUUUCUUAAAAGAUGCAGGUUUGCUUCGGAAAACGUGAAAAUAUUUAUAAGAAAUUAUAGUUUUUGUAUCUUUAACUCAAUAUAUUUUAAUAAAAUUUCUACCAUUAAGGUCGUGUGUAAUGCAAAAAUAUGUGUAUAUUACGCUCGAAUAAUUUAUACAAAUUUACUAAACUGCGAAGUAUAUAUUCACUUCAUGUCCUUGGUCUUAUUAGCUUUCUAGAAAUCAAUGGCAAUUUCAUUAUUAUAUUAAAAGUAAAAUAGUAAUUUUAAUUAAACACUUAGUAUACCUACAAAUAAAUAUUUGUAAAUAAAUGGAAUCUCGAAAGGAAUCAAAAACCGAAUGUAAUCUUUUGUGAUAUUUAUCAUAUAUGUGCAUGCAUAUAUUUAUGUACAUAUGUAUGUACGUAUAUCCACACACCUAUGCCGUUGUAUAAACAAUAUAUACACACAUGUAUAUGUAUGUAUUUGUCAUGUUAAAAACGCAUACAUUCGCGUUAUGAUUGUUUGUGAAAUUGUUGAUCAACUUGUAUGUUAUUGAUUUUGUUUAGCCAUAUAUUGAAAAACAAGAACAAAACAAAAAUAAAAAAUAGAUAUUAAUGUUGAAAAUAUAAGAAUGUAUAUGUAUGCUAUGUGAGCUAUAUAUUAUUACCAUAUUUAAAUUUUUUAAUUACAAUAAUUACAUAUAACUGAAAAAUAUAUCAAUAAAGAUCGGUUAAAUCAAUUA